UGACAUACCCCAAGGACACCGAAACAGCGGCAACAGGGCACGACAAUGGCUUGGUCUUCGGGCAAGGGGAUGACCACGUCGACGCGGAGAAAUGUACUCCGGCGUGCCACCACAGCCGACGCGGCGAUGAACGAGACGCCGUGCCAGGCGCGCUCGCACUGCAUGCGCGCCUGGAGCUCCUUGAACAACAUUCCGUCGGCCUCGCUGUCGUCUCCCCACUGCGGGCCCACCCUCGUCACGCAGGGCGAGCCCAUCCUGCACCUCAACAUCGGCGGCACCAAGUUCAGGAUCGCGCGCUGCGUCCUCGCGCGCCACCCGAAGACACGGCUCGGCCGCCUCGCCAAGCCGGAGCUGAGCUCCUCGGAGCGCAUGGACGUCUGCGACGACUACGCGUCGGCCACCCGCGAGUACUUCUUUGACCGCGACCCCGAGGUGUUCCGCCUCGUGUUCACCUACUACCGCACGGGCGUGCUGUGGGUAAGCGACGAGCUGUGCCCAAUCAACUACGUGGAGGAGAUCCAAUACUGGGGGCUGCAGGUGCGUCACACAAACCACUGCUGUCGCAUCGUGUUCGAGGAGCGCCAGAGCGAGAUGGAGGACAACCUGAAGGUGCAGCAGGAGCUGGAGAACGAGUUUGUGACCGAGACGAAGGAAGAGCACUUCCAGGACAUGUGCUUUGGGCGACAAAGACGCAUCGUGUGGCAUUUCAUGGAGGACCCUUUCUCGUCCAUCCUUGCCAAGAUCAUGGCGGUGGCCUCCAGCCUCUUCGUGCUCAUCUCUAUCGUGGGCAUGAGCCUCAACACGGUGGAGGAAAUGCACUCCAAGAAGCCGAGCAAAGGGGAGAAGACCUCCCUGGAGAUUCUGGAGACCAUAUGCAUCGGGUUCUUCACGCUUGAGUACCUCCUACGGCUGAUCUCCACCCCUGACAUCCGGGGCUUCCUCAAGGCGGUGAGCAACGGCCUCGAUCUCAUCGCCAUCCUGCCCUUCUACAUCCACUUAAUGUCCGAAGAGCUCGUGGCCGAGGGGGACCACACGUAUGAUGGCGAGGUGCAGGCGGUGGACGGCGUCGGCAAGCUGGGGCAGGUGAUGAGGAUCAUGAGGCUCAUGCGGAUCCUCCGCAUCCUCAAGCUCGCCCGGCACUCCACGGGGCUGCGCGCCUUCGGUUUUACGCUGCGCAAGUGCUACCAGCAGGUGGGAUGCCUCUUCCUGUUCAUUGCGAUGGGCAUCUUCACCUUCUCGGCGCUCGUCUACUCGGUGGAGCACGACGUGCAGGGCACCAACUUCACGAGCAUCCCGCACGCCUGGUGGUGGGCCACGGUGGCCAUCUCCACGGUGGGUUACGGGGACAUGUACCCCGAGUCAUUCCUGGGCCAGUUCUUCGCUUUUGGCUGUAUCUCCUUCGGCAUCAUCCUCAACGGCCUGCCCAUCUCAAUCCUCUUCAACAAGUUCUCCGACUACUACGCCAAGCUCAAGAUGCAAGAGUACCGGGUCAAGCAGCGGGGCAAGAUUGACUUGAAGCGACGGGUCUGGCGCAAGAUCACUCAUAUCCUCAACAAUGCGGAUGGUGUGCAUGGCCACGGCAAUUGAUUCAACUGCGCCGU